GAGAGAUCUCUCGGAUGCGCUUAUUUUAAUCCCACGCCCACCCGGCGUUGGUUAGCGCGAUUUCUUUUCUGCCACUUUGUCCCUUUGAUUUUUUUUUGUUCUUUAAUUUUUCUGAAGAAGGAAGAAAGAAAGGGAGAGGGACUUAAUUUCUUCUCUUAGGUUUUCCGUGGAUCUCUCGCUAGGGUUUUUCUGGGGGCUGAGGGGAUUGGGAACGAUAGAUCGGGUUUCACUGAGGGCUGUGAGGGAGUGGGAACGAUAGAUCGUCGGGGACGAAGGAGAGGGAGCAAUUGAUGGAGACGGUGUCGAGAUCGAGCGAAGACGAGGAUGAGUUUGGGAGGAGUCAGAGCUCUUCCCAGAAAGUGGAGUUGACGGUGAUGUUGGAUGGGAAGAGUAGUGAGCAGAAACCGAGCACACCAACCACGCCAAGAUCGAAGCACUCGGCAACUGAGCAGCGUCGGAGGUGCAAAAUUAAUGAUAGAUUUCAGAUACUUAGAGACCUUAUACCUCAUAGUGAUCAGAAGAGAGAUAAAGCUUCAUUUCUUUUGGAGGUUAUUGAAUAUGUUAAAUUCUUACAAGAGAAGGUACAAAAGUAUGAAUACCAGGGAUGGGGUCAGGAAAAUGCAAAAUUAAUGCCAUGGAGUAACAGCCAAGGUCCCACAGAUGGUUUAUCUGACCCUUCUCAUGUCUUAAAAAAUGGACCUGUCCCCCCUGGGUUUAUGUUCAGUGGAAAGUUUGUUGACAAUAGCAUCCCUAUUGCGCCAACAAUGCUCUCGAACACACAGAAUGUAGCAGAACCAGACAUGAAUACUGGUACAGGUGCAGUGCUCGCUCCUUGUGCUUCUGUUGGAAGGGAAUCUGGUUUAACACUCCCUCAGGAGAGGUUAAUUUCAGAUUCAGAUAACAUGGCAUCCCAUGCUCAAUCUCAGUGGCAAAGAUCAUCAGGCCCGGCUGACUGUACUAUCGGUAGUGAUAUGUUGAAUAUACAAGAAGAGCUGGCCAUUGAUGAGGGCACAAUCAGCGUGUCUAGUGUCUAUACUCAAGGGAUAUUGACUACGCUAACACAAGCACUGGAGAGUUUAGGUAUAGAUCUGUCUCAAGCCAGCAUUUCCGUGCAGAUCAAUCUAGGUAAACGUGCAAAUAGUAGAAGACAGACUGCUACCACCACCAUGUCCAGUGCUAAGGAUCUUGAAGACCCCUCAGCUUUUAAUCAAGCAAUGGAAGACUCGAGAGUGGGGAGCAGUGGUGAGGAAUCUGAGCAAGCUCCGAAGAGGCAUAAAACUGAUAAGAGCUAAUGCUACAUGCUCGGAUCCUCUUAUUUAUCUUGUAAUCAUCCUCAUUCUGAAUCUAGGAUGAAUUUUCAAGCCUUUGCAGAUGCACGUAAUGGCAUUAUGUGUUCAUAUGGUUUCAUGACGAGGCUUCCAUCAUAAAUUGAGAAGCCACUUUUCAUUUCUGGCUUUCAAUCCUGUUAGAAGUCUCUUAUACCAAGUCACAGUACUUAAUCCAUGAAGGUACCGCGGAUAGCUGAUCUUCGUUGUUACUGUGUUUGUUUGUGAAUUAUGGAAAUCAUUAUCCUCGUCAUAUA